AAAUCUUUCAUAACCAACCAAAACACCAGCACGUUGUUGCAGGCAGGCAGACGAGAUGUCCUUCUUUUGCCUGCUUCAGGAGCUCUACAAGUACUAUGUGAAAGAGUAGUUCUUGUGAUUACGUAGAAGAGGCUUGUGACAUUGCAGUGUGACUUCUGUGCCUCCACCAUGGACACCUUGUGGGACAGCCUUCCACUGACACUUGUGGAGCCGGUGAAGCGUACUAUCCAAGAUCUGGAUUUCAAAAAAAUGACACCAGUUCAAGCUGCAUGCAUCCCUUUGCUUCUCACUCACAAGGAUGUGGCAGCUGAGGCUGUGACAGGAAGUGGGAAGACUUUAGCUUUUAUGAUUCCCAUCAUUCAAAUUUUAGUUCAGAGAGAAGAACCCUUGAAAAAGCAUGAUGUUGGUGCUCUCAUUAUUUCUCCGACACGUGAAUUAGCAACACAAAUUUAUGAAGUAUUGCAGAGCUUUCUGGCACAUUUGCCACAGUUUAGUUCUUUGCUAACUGUUGGAGGAUCUCAGGUUGGGGAUGACCUUCAAAAUUUCAAGACCAGAGGUAGCCACAUACUUGUAGCAACCCCAGGCCGCCUACAGGAUCUCUUGGCACGUAAUUCAGCAAGUGGCCCCAGUCUGGCUGGUGGGGUGAAAGCACUUGAGGUUCUCAUCCUUGAUGAAGCUGAUAGACUUCUUGACCUUGGCUUCUUCAACACACUUAAUACUAUUUUUGCUUAUCUUCCUAAGCAGAGGAGAACUGGACUUUUUUCUGCCACCCAGACCUCAGAUGUGAUAAGCCUGAUUCGUGCUGGUCUCAGGAAUCCUGUCAAGGUCAAAGUGAAGGAGAAGGAGGCUACAGGUGAUGAGAGGACUCCUGUGUCAUUGCUGAACUACUAUAUGGUGUGUGAAGAGGACAAGAAAUUCAGUACACUGGUAACUCUUCUUAAAGAAAGAGAAAAGGAGAAAACCAUGGUCUUUUUUGCUACUUGUGCAUGUGUUGAAUACUUCACAGUCAUUCUGAGAGACCUUUUUAAGAAGUCACAGGUACUGAGUAUACAUGGGAAAAUGAAAGACAAGAGAUUCAAGAUAUUUGAUAGGUUUAGAUCACUAAAUUCUGGGAUUUUGUUAUGCACUGAUGUCAUGUGUCGAGGAGUAGACAUUCCAAGUGUUGAUUGGGUGAUACAGUUUGAUCCUCCAUCCACGGCCUCAUCUUUUGUUCACCGAUGUGGCCGGACAGCAAGGAUAGGAAAUGAAGGCUCAGCUUUAGUGAUGCUGCUGCCGUGUGAGACUGAUUAUGUAAACUUUAUAAAGAUAAAUCAGAAGGUGAGCUUGAGUCCCAUGGAAUGUCCAGUUUCCAUACCUGGCCUACAGCAGAAAAUAAGAAAAUUGCAGCUGCAGGACCGACUUGUAAUGGACAAAGCUAACAGAGCAUUUGUGUCAUUUGUUCAAUCCUACGCAAAGCAUGAGUGUAGCGUUAUCCUUAGCCUUAAGAAUUUAAACUUUGGUAAGAUGGCAACUAGUUUUGGACUGCUGAAAAUGCCUAGAAUGCCAGAAUUGAAAGGUAUCAAUAUUAGUGAUUUUGUUCCAGUCAAGAUGGAUUAUAAUACCAUUGCUUACCAAGAUAAACAAAAAGAGAAAAGUAGACAGCAAAAGCUAAGUACAUACAAGGAAACUGGGUCAUGGCCAGGGAUGAAGCUUCAUAAACCCAAGCAAGAGUCCUGGUCUCAAACUAAAGAGAAGAAAGCAAAGAAGAAGAAAAAGAAUGAGAAAAAGAGAAAAGGACAUCAGUUUACACAGGAAGAUCUGGAUGAUUUGGAGGAGGAUUUCAGAAUGAUUAAAAAGUUAAAGAAAGGCAAAGUAAAGAACAAAGAUUUUGACAAACACUUUGGCUGUGAACUUGAUGAGGUAGAAAAUCAGGAAACAUAAUGAGCAUUGUAAUAUGUAAACUUGUUUUUGGAAGUGAAUAUUAAUUUUUUGUACAGUAGCUGUUAAGCUGUCUUGUGCAUUUCCUGUUAUUCUCAUGAUGUUCUGCUAAAGGAAAGUAAAGUUAGCACAUGAAUGAAUAUGCAAUGAGCAACAAUUUUCUAUACUAGUGCACAAAUACUGUGUUGACAUUUUUGUUUUAAUUUUUGUUUAUUUGCAUUUUUAUGGAAUUGAGAAUGCAUUGGAUCUACCUUCACCCUGCUAUUUAUUAAGGGAGUGACUUGCCUCUAUUUUUGUUGUAACUAUUGUGAUAUUUUUUCUACUUUAAGGAGCUGGUGUCUUUGUUCUGUAUGUAACAUGUACAAAUUAUGAAAAUUAGUUUAUGAAGGUAUUUUUAUUAAUACUUUGUGUCCACUUCUUUAAUUUCUACUUUAAUUAAUGUUCAAAUACUAAGUUGGUUACUUGAUGUUAAAUUUUUUUUGCUAAAUACCAAACAUUGUGAUGAUGUAGUUCAUUGCAUUGGUGUAAUGAAGCUGCUGACUCAGUGUUGUCCAAAGUCUGCAUCCUGGUCAGUGGGCAUUUUUCUCACAUUUAAUAUUUAUUCAUACACUUCCAGAUGAUGCUCACCUUCAAUUGAAGAUUGUUAGAAUUAACAGUCAAUAUUUAUUUUCUUCUUUUAUGUAAAGGAAUCUGGCUUAGAAAGGGGAAAUUUUGCAUUUAAUGCUAUUUAAAGAAAACAAAUAAAGUUGGCUUGUUUA